AAUCACUUAAUUAUUGGUGGCAAUAUUAAACGACAUUUUUCACUUUUGAACGACUGAUUUGCACUUUUUUUUCGCCCUGAAAGUCAAUACAAGUUGAUUUGUUGUCAUAUAGUCUUGACAGGGAUAUUUAUACGCUUUCCACAUGUGUUCAACAAUUUACUUCCUAAUUUCAUUGCGCCAUCAAAGACAGUGCAGAACGUGAUAACACCGUACCAUUGAUUGUUUGCCGAGGGAAACCCCAGGCUUUGCCGAAUCUUCCGGUUUGAUACGCGGUCUAUCAAACUAGGGAAGUGCUUAGAGACUCGAUUGCCCCGGUGUCAUUUUCUUAAAGUGAUUCUUUUUUAUGUCAGCAAGACUCAGAAUCACUCGGAGUGAUCUAGGGUCAGUGAUAUUCUCCAUGUGCAAGUAAGAGCUCAGGAUAACGCCAUCAAAAGUGGAAACUGAAGGGUGAGGAAAAUGGAAUUGUCUAAUCCAACUAGUGACAAAACUCCGGUAUUCUAUUCCACAGAAAACCUAAGCAGUGUUGGUUUCUUUAAUCAAACCAUUGACAAAACUCAUGUGUACUAUUCCACAAAAGAUCUAAACAGCGCCAUUGCUGCCAACUAUCGGAUCAAUUCGAUAAUAGUAUCGAUAUUGCUGAGCAUCGGGGUAAUAGGGAACUCCAUUGUGAUCCUGACUUACCAUUUCCGAAUGAAAAACAAAAGGGAUGACCGAUACUUUAUACCCUGUCUUGCUAUUACGAAUAUGUUGGCUUGUGUCUCAGCGUCUGUCCUGUUUGUGACGUUGAAUGCGAUCCCCGUUAUGUUCACGUCAUCAGUGAUGUGCAAGAGUCUAAAUUUCGUAACGCGAGUGACGUGCGUAGAAUCAUUGACCAUAUUGUUAAUAAUAUCUAUACAGAGGUACAAGAAGAUUUGUACUCGGGGGAAAAGUCGAAUGUCACUGUUUUGGAAACGAAUGGCGAUAGUUAUUUCGAUGAUAUGCAGUACUGUUCUCUCCAUCCCAUCUCUCGUCUUCAUCGGUGUAAAUGAAACCAAGAGAAAUAUCUACAACAACGUGACGGAGUUUCGCUGUGAGCAUGUAACCAGAAAUGUCCACGAGGAGUAUGGUCUCGAUAUCUAUUUGGGAUUUAUUGGUUUAUUUUUCGUCGGGAUCGUGAUAAGUACAGCUGUCAUCUACACCUUGAUAGGUCGGAGGAUCUACACCAAGAUUCAGCCACCCCAGACCAAGAGCAUGCUCUCUGCAUCCCAAGACGCUCUGAACUACAACUCGCUGCUCAAGUACUCCAAAUCAGACACCAACCUACAGGGACGCUUGCAGAGCCGUUCUAUGGAAGAUUCAGAGGAGAUGGUUUUAAAGAGGUUCACAGAAACGAAUGUACAAAGAAGUAAAUCGGAAGCUGGGAAACGGAAGUACACGGUAUCAGAGGUCAAGAAAGCGCGCGCAGGAUUAGGCUUAUUUGUGUUCAGAUACUAUUACAUGUUCGUCUCCAUAUCAUUAGUAACGUCUAUUUCGUUCAUCUCGCCCAUCUUGAUACUGAUACUGGAGGCAGCAGGCAUUGUGACCAUCAAUGAACUACAGCCAGGAUUUGGAUUUAACAUCGUUCUUCUUCUGCGUCGAAGCUAUCUAUUCAGUUACACCAUUAACCCUUUCAUGUUUGGGUUGUUUGAUACGACUUUUAGAAAAGCACUGUUUGGAUUCGGUCGGUCAUCUCGCCAUGAAGAACUUGUAGAGGAAGCCCCAAAGCAAUAUUCCUGGGACAAGAGAAGGGAGAUAAAUGUGAAGGACUAUAUGAUAGAGAACCAAUCAGAUUCAACCUUAGGAAGAGUCCCUGGACAAGUCAAUGGACAACAGUUUGUCAUCCAGAACUGCAAGAAUUGUAACAUCUAUGUAUUUGAUUACAUAGCAGCGAUAAAUAUAGAUGAUUGUGUAGAUUGUAACAUCUUUCUUGGACCUGUCAAAUCUAGUGUUUUCAUUAGAGAUUGUAAAAACUGUAAAAUUGUUGUUGCCUGCCAGCAAUUCAGAACCAGAGACUGCAGUAAAAUCGACAUAUUUUUGUGCUGCAACACACAGCCCAUUAUAGAAGCGUCAUCUGGAAUGAAGUUUGCUUGUUACCAGUAUCACUAUCCAGAACUUAAAAUGCAAUUCAAAAUGGCUGGGUUGAGUGUGUUCAGCAAUAACUGGGGAACUAUCCAUGAUUUCUCACAGGACCCUGAUGAGCAACACUACUCACUUCUACCAGAGGAAUCUAAAGUUGAAGACUACAUACCCUUACCCAGUACGGAACAGUUUCAGUCAGUCGCAGUAUCCACCUCUAAGGCAGACAGUGUGGUGCCACUCACGCUGGGGCCACGGCGCAAAAAUUCUGAUGAAUCCUGUUUGGUUGUGUUUUUCAAUGAUGGCAAGAACACCAACUCUACCAGAGCUCGACAGUUCAUAGAUAAGCUGCUUGAAAGCCAGCCCAGUGUUGUCUUAGUACAAACGAGAGAUAUUUCCAUGGAGCCGAGUGAUGCUUUAAGGGUGUUUGGAACAGAAAAUUAUUCUCCAUUUGUUCAAAGAGGUGCUGUAAUAGGCUUGGAAUUCAACGGAGAAGGUUGUAUAGAACUUGUCCGAUCAGCAUUAAAUGCAUUCCAGCAGGAACAAAUAUGUGACUAUUUCUGUUCCGAGAGCCGUUCAGGUGCGGAAAAGCAGAUUGAAGACUUUUACAACUAUGCUGACAUGCAGAUGGCAGUCUGAUGUUGUCCCAAAAUUUUAAUUUAAGUUUAUGGAUCUAGGAUCUGAGUGUUGUAGUCAUUAUUGAUAGUUUAUAUUUUGUGACUGACCAAAAAAAAAAUUAUUGACAUCGUAGUUUAAAAAAGAUUUUUUUAUCAGAUUUUUUAAGUUAUUUAUUUAUUAGUGUUGAAUUAAGAUUUGUUGUCAGCUUAUGAAAUUGCAAACCAAAUAAGAGCACAGUCCACUAUUUACCGGUAAUGAAAAGGCCUAAUGAAUUUAGAUCAUCUUUUGCUCAAAAUGAAUUUUUUUUUAUUGUCUGCAUGAGCCUCAGUAAUUAAGGUCAAUGGUUGUACAUGUACUUAUAUUUUAUGUUUUGUGAGACAAAAGUUUUGUCAGACAGGGUUGUAGAGCUUAAAAAAGGUUGUUUUAUUUGACCUUCAAGCAUAGUCUGUUGUGAUACUGUGGCAAUUUGUGCAACCGGCUGACUUUUGGCCUUCUCCUUAGAGCUUUAAACAAUGUAAACGUACCACCGUGUAGAAUAGAAAUUGGCAGGAGUAAUGUCCCUUUCAUAAUAUUGUCAUGUCUAUUGGCCCAGAUGUCAGUUAUUUGUGAUGUUUACUUGUCUUUCAAGACAGAAUUUUUAUUAUUCAUUGUGACAUUUCGCACAUGAGCAAGUCAGUCAUUGUAACAUGUAUUUCAUUAUUCUCCACAUUUUGUACACUUCUAGUAUUUUUAGAGGUCCUUAUAAAUGGUGAAGAUUGAAGAAACACAAAACAUUCCGUCCUUUUAUUUUGCUAUAAAUUAUUCUAGAGAUUCUGUUCAUAUACCUCAUAUUUCAUAAUUAUAUAAUUGAUAAUUCAUACGACUGUACUGUAUCCAAUUACCAGAUGCCUUUUAGUCCCCUGGUUGAUGGGGAAUAUCUCUUAAUCACAAUAUACGUAGAUACAAAACUCAUCAGAUGUUUUUUUUUGUCCAAAUUUUUUCACAGUUUACCAGUACUGUUAUCUGGUAAUUUGCAUUUCUUAAAAAUUUUCAUUUUAUGUUGGUGCAAUGAAUCAAUUGUUUUUGGAGAGAGAACGAGAAAAAAAUCAAGAUACAUCAAAUGCGCUUGUAUUUUAUUUCCAUUGAAUUUGAAUAACAGUUGUUACAUUGUGUAUUGUGAAUUGAUAGUAAUAUAAAUAGGUAAUGAAACAGUUA